UGUUGCUUCGACGUUCAUGGAUACGCGCACUAACGUUGACAAUUAAUUGUUAUAGGUGCAAUUAUAUUGCUUAGAGUUUAAAGAACACGUGCCUUGUGCACAGAUUCCUUAUGAAAAUCAGUAAACAUGAAUGAAAAUAAGAAAGUGCAAUAUUUGGUUGUUGAUACCAGUGCAUUCAUCAGGAAUGCAGCUUUACAGGACAUUGGAGUCAACAUAAUAACAGAACAAGAUGUAGUGAAUGAAGUGACAAACAAAAGGCAGUUAAGAAGAUUGGUUGUCUUGCCGUAUGAUUUAGCAAUACAAUGUGCACAUCCUGAGAGCAUUAAAUUUGUUACAGAAUUUGCAAAAAAGACUGGUGAUUACGCAAGUUUGUCUGCAACUGACAUAAAAGUAAUUGCAUUAACAUAUCAACUGGAAAAUGAAAAAGUAGGAACAGAUCAUCUAAGAACUGUUCCACUUGUAUCUAAAACAAUAGAUUAUAGUAUCAACCAAGCUGAGGAUCUUCGUACUCCAUUAGCUGGUUUUUAUAUGCCAGGAAAAAAGAACGAUGUUGAAGAAGAGGGUAGAGAGGAAGGUGAUUCUGAACAAUUAAAAGAAAAGGAGUGCACGGAAGAUUUUGGUGAUAAGAAUAUAGAAGUAAAAUUGGAAAAUAGAGUAAAAAAUGAUGACAGUGAGGAGGAGGAAUCUGAAUCAUAUUACAGCAAUUCUUCUGUUACCGAAUCAGACUAUGAAACUGCAGAUUCUGAUCAAAUAGGAACAGAAGAUUUAUCUUCUAAAUUUUUGAAGUUAACUUGUGAACCAUCAAACUUCAAAGUUCAAGAUAAAGAUAACAGUGAACACAAUGUUGACGACAUUCUUGCCCCAGUUAAAGAUGAUUCUAAUUAUGAACAAGAUAAUACUGAAUAUAAUGAGUAUGAAGGUGAUGAAGACGAUGAUGAUUAUGAUGAAGAAGAUAAUAAUGAUGAUGACGGUAGUGGAUGGAUUACACCCAAAAACAUUUCUGUUGUAAAAAAGGAAAUUGAUUCAGAACUUCUAGAAGAGAAACCUGCAACUGUUGCAUGUUUGACAAUGGAUUUUGCUAUGCAAAAUGUUCUGAAGCAAAUUGGACUGAACGUGGUUGCGUUGGAUGGACGGAUAAUCAAACAAAUGAAAACGUUUAUUUUUAGGUGUUACGCGUGUUACAAGACUACUAGCGUUAUGACAAAGGUUUUUUGUCCUGCUUGUGGUAAUAGGACUUUGAAAAAAGUCGCUGUCACGUUGGACGAUGAAGGAAACCAACAAAUUCAUAUUAAUUUCCGGAAACCAAUUUCAAAAAAAGGAAAAAGGUUUUCUUUACCAAUGCCAAAAGGUGGAAAACAUGCAAGCAAUCCCAUUCUUUGUGAAGAUCAACCAGUGCCUGACCAAAGAUCGACGAGACUAGCGCGCGCUAAAAACGAUCCUCUACAAGAUGAUUACAUAGCUGGAUAUUCUCCAUUUAUUAUGCGUGAUGUAUAUUCUAAAUCAGCUAUGCUAGGUAUACGGACAAGAGGAUCUGUUGAGUAUUGGAUGAAGAAAAAUCCAAACGAAUGUAGAAGGAGACGAAAAUAAAUACUUCAAUUUAUACCUUCGUAUGUUAUAUACAAUGUGAAAGCACAGAGUUUUCUAAAACAUAUAAAUUAAAUAUUGUUGUACUUAUA